AUGGCCAGCACUCCGAAUCAGCAGCUCGAUCAUAUGAUGGUCACUUCCUCUCUUACCGACCGCACUCGUGCCCCAGUCAGCAUCUCUCUCCCUCCAACAGACCGCUCUCCACGAUCUCGCUCGGCCAGCCCUCCCUCUCCACUGCCAUCGGAGCCCUUCCGCCGCCGCCGUCCUCGCCUGUCCGCACUCAUCCGGCAGGCUCGACUCAAACCCACCCAGCAGCCUACUACCACUGCUUCUACUCCACCGCGCACACCACUCUCCGAUAUCUCGAGCAACGGUAUCCCCAACACGCCCGCCUCCUCUCGCCGUCUGCGCAGAGUGAAGCGCUUCGAGAUCUCUCCCUCGGCCGACUUCUCCGCCUCCGCAACGCCACCCACCAGCCCUGCCGACCAGGCCGCAGAAGAAGGCACUGUCAUGCCCGCUUGGAUGGAAGAUCUCCGCGCUUGUGACGAAAGCUUGGAGAACGAUAAGGAGAAUCUGGAGGGCUUCGUUACUCGGCUUUUCGGGAGGGAGGGAGGCAGUGCCUCGGUGGAGAUGAACUGGGCGGGAGAAGAAGUGGAUGAGCAGACCCGGUUUGCGCCGGGUGUCGAGGGUGCUGCGCACAGCCCACUUCAUCGUCGAGGCGGAUCGGGAAAUCUGCGCGCAGAGUUUGUCCGUGGGAAUUGA